UAAAAUAUUGAGGCGUUAUGAACAAACCAUUAAUAUUAUCGAAGAUUUUUCGAUAAAUAGUAAUCUCGUUGUAUGCCUAGUCGAAUUUCACAAAUGUGUCAAAUUGUUUUAUCUUUGAGAGAACAUUCUUUAUUGUUUUAUUGGAUCAUAAUCAGUUACUACUCUAUUGAUUGUAUAAAAAAAUAGAAUAUGCAGCAAAUAACAGUGAGACGUAUUUAUAAACAGAAUUUUUGAAGAGAAAUAUCGAAUAACCUACAUCUCAUGACAUAACCAGUGUUGAUCAACGCAUCAUUACGUUUUGUACAUUAUUCUCAUUUCUACUUGAGAAAAAGAACUUAUUAACAAGUGCAUCGCGUAUCAUAGUAUUCGCGAUGAUGUGGCAAGAAAUAACUUUGACAAAGCCGGCACGUAAAAAACCGAAUAUUGACACAUUGAUAGCCGAAUGAUUUUUAAAAAUUUCAUAGAAUAAUUUUUAGCGAAUCCAGUUAUUUUAUUCAAGAAUCUAUCUUUUAUUAUAAAUAUAUCGAUGAUAAAGAAUCAUCAUUCUUGAGGUAUUAUAGUUAUACAUGAAAUGGGUAGUGCUUGGUGGCAGUGUGCUGCAUGUUUGAGAACACAAGAAGAAGAUAUCUGUGAAUUGCACUUAAAUAAUUGUAAUCUUUAUGAUGUACCACCUGAUGUGUUCAUUUAUGAGAGAACAUUGGAAAAACUCUAUCUUGAUGCCAAUAGGAUAAAGGAUCUUCCAAGACCAUUAUUUCAGUGCCAUGAAUUACGAGUACUUUCCCUCAGUGAUAAUGAAGUCACAACGUUACCACCCGCCAUAGCAUCAUUAAUUAACUUGGAAUAUUUAGACCUCAGUAAAAAUAGUAUUAAAGAACUACCAGACAGUAUAAAAGAAUGUAAAAAUCUUCGUUCUAUAGAUAUCAGUGUUAAUCCAUUUGAACGUUUCCCAGAUGCUAUUACACAUAUUGUUGGAUUAAGAGAAUUGUAUAUAAAUGAUGCAUACAUAGAAUAUCUACCAGCAAAUUUUGGAAGACUUUCAGCUUUGAAAACAUUAGAACUUAGGGAAAAUAAUUUGAUGACAUUACCAAAGAGUAUGAGUCGUUUAAUAAAUUUGCAAAGACUUGAUAUUGGUAAUAAUGAUUUUACGGAAUUGCCUGAAGUUGUUGGGGAUCUUAUCAAUCUCACUGAAUUGUGGAUAGAUGGUAAUGAUAUCAGACGUAUACCACUCAACAUUAAUCAGCUUUACCGUUUAAAUCAUUUUGAUUGUACCAUGAAUGCAAUUCAUAUUAUUCCAUCAGAAGUAGAAGGAUGGAGAGAUAUUUCCAUUAUGCAUCUGUCAUCAAAUGAAAUCUAUCAAUUACCAGAUUCUCUUUGUUAUUUACGUACAAUUGUGACUCUUAAAGUUGAUGACAAUCAAUUGAAUGCACUGCCAAAUGACAUUGGACAAAUGUCAAACUUAGAGGAGCUUAUAGUUACUAAGAACUUCCUCGAAUAUUUGCCAUCAUCAAUAGGACUUUUGCGAAAAUUACAUUGUUUAAAUGUAGACAAUAAUUAUUUGAGAUGCCUUCCACCAGAAAUUGGAAGUUGUACGGCGUUAUCAUUGUUGUCAUUGAGAUCAAACAAUUUAACUCGAGUUCCACCUGAAUUGGGACAUUUAUCUUCUUUAAAAGUACUCAAUCUUGUAAACAAUUGCAUUAAAUUUUUGCCCGUUUCUAUGUUAAACUUGAGCAAUUUAAAAGCAUUAUGGCUGAGCGACAAUCAAAGUCAACCAUUAGUGCCAUUGCAACAAGAAUUUAAUUGUGAAGAAGACAUGAUGGUGUUAAGUUGCUUUAUGCUACCACAAAAACCACGGCAAGAACUUGAGCAAAAAACCCCAGCCGUAGGAUUAAUUUCGAGUUCAAUUGUUGGUACUGGAAAAAGAAUAUGUUUUGCUGCUGAAGUAGAAUCUGAGAUCCCUAGACAACUUCACCGAGCACCAACUCCUUAUCCUAAAGAGCUGCGCAAUCUUGCUAGGCAUGCCCGCAAUUUACAUCAUCAAUCAGCACAUGAUGAAAGAAUGCAUUUAGAACAGGAGACUAUGAUCAAAGAAGCUAUUAUUGCUACAACUACUUUGGACCUUACUUCAAAAUCUGGGACCUGUUUUUCACAAAGUUUAUUUAAUAAGGGUUCACAUUCAUCAUUAUCACCAACCGAACAUCAUAUAUCAAAAGAGUGCAAAGCUAAUACUCCUACGGAUAUUGGAACAGAACAAUCUGUUUCAGAAGAAUCUUCCGAUGAAGCGAACAAGACGGUUCUUGCAAAAGAAAAAAGUCCAGAUAUCAGAGAAGCAAAAUAUAUUCGUAAUCCUACAUCUGAAUACAUUUCCAAACCUCCAACAGUAGCAGAUUAUGUAAAUUCUACUUGGAAACCGGAUGAAUAUUCGAAAGCAAAUACAGCAAAAAUUAUUGAAUCAGAAAAGUUUAUAGAACCUUAUAAAAGUAUGCCUAUUAUUAUAAGCAACAAAAAUACUGAUCAUGUUCAAAUAUCAAAAAUAAAUGAAGUACCACCUGUCCCACCACCAUAUCAUAUUGCUGCUGCAUUUUCAAAAAAAGCAGCACUUUUUCAACAAUUAAAUCAAUCAGCCCAAUUGGAUUUGUCUCCUCCACAAAUUGAUAUUAACACAUCAAAUUUAAAAAUAUCACAGGAAACGCAAAUACAAAGUUAUGACGAAGAACAAUAUAAUGAUAAAUUUUCAAAUAAUACAGAUAUAACUAAUAAAACAAAUAAUGAUAAAAAAAUAAAUUCUUUUAAUAAUACUGAUCAAAUACAUAUAUUAACAGAAUCAAUCGAUCCAGAACAAUCCUUAGAAGGAGAUAGAUCAUUAAAGCCAAGUAGAAUUCCUAUUUUAAAGAUAAAACAUUUAGAAAAUACAAAUUCUAUUUCAAACAGCGAUUUAUCAAAUAAAAACUGCACAAAUUCUUCUGUUGAAGAUUAUGAAGCUUUAAAAAUAUUGAACGCAUCAUGUAUACCUACAUCUCCGAUAACAGGAAAAAAAUAUCGAAGUCCGCUUUCUAUGCAACACAAAGUUUCGGAUCGAUCAAAAAAAAUAAUAAAUGGAACUUCAAAUAAUAAUGCUUCCUGUGAUAAUUUAUCUAUGAAUGCAACAAAUUCAACUUUAGUUACAAAUCCAAAUAUGGAAGGAACUUCAAAAACUUUAUCUAUUGAAACAUCAUUAAAUAUGAACAAUUCUGUCAAUAUAAAAAAUGAAGCUAAUUCUGGUCGAAGUACUCCAAUUUUAUCAAAUAAUAAGUUUCCAAAUGAAGUGACUACUUCUAACGUUGAUAAAUAUAAAAUUGUUGGACGGAAUGAAUCAUUAAAUCCAGAAAGAAAACCAAGAUUUAAAUGGAUGUUCGGACCGCAUAAAAACGCUAAUGUUUUGCCUGUUCAAGUGAAAAAAAAUCCUGGUCUUGGUUUUAGUAUAGCAGGUGGAGUAGCAGGAGCCGAAACCGGAAUUAUAGUGACUAAAGUAAAUCCAGAUGGUCCUGCACAAGGUACACUUCGACCAGGAGAUAAAAUUUUAGAAGUGGAUGGCAUUGACUUUACUAAAUCUGAUCAUAACAAUGCUGUGGCUGUUCUUCGAGCAACAGGAGCAGUUGUAUCCAUGAUGAUUAGCCGUCAUCAAUGACAUCUAGUUAAAGAAAAAUAAUCUUUUUUCAUAUACUAGUAAUCAGUUUAUCACAUCAAACUGAAUACAUUUCAUGUAAGUUUUUUUUAGUGUAUAUAUUUUUUAACUAACAUUAGUGCAUAUCAUACUUCAUUGAAAAAACGAAAGUUCCAUUUUAUUAGUUCUAAACGCUUGUUUUCAUGAUAGUAAAUCAUACUUUCCGAUAUCAUCGAAUUGAAUUAUACGACUGAAACAGCGUUACCAAAGGUGGGAGUGGUGGCAUUUAUUGAGCAAAUAUUUCUAGCUUCCAAUGGUUACGCCUUAUGAACCGAGCUUUUUUUAAAAAAAAAUAAAUUCAAGAAAAAUUCCGUUCAUAGACUCUUAGAUACCGUAGAUUAGAAAUACGCUCCCUUGCACAAUUUAUGAUAAAAA